AUGUCCACCUACCCGACGGACAAGGGCGAGGAGCCCCCUCGUGCCUCCUUCGACGAGAAGCCCAUGGGCAACACGCUCGAGACCCGCGAGGUCGCCGCCGUCUCCGUCGCCCUCGAGGCAGCCAUUGCCGAGUCCAAGCCCAGCCUCAUCUCCCCUGGCAUGCUGCGGCUGUGGUGCAUCAUGGGCAUGAGCUACCUCGUGUCCACCAUGAACGGCUUCGACUCCUCCCUCAUGGGUGCUAUCAACGCCAUGGAGCCCUACCAGCGCACCUUUGGCCUCUCGGGCGCCGGUUCCAGCACGGGCAUCGUCUUCAUCACCUACAACCUCGGUCAGAUCGCGGCUUUCCCCUUUAUGGGCAUUCUUGCCGACGGUUUCGGUCGUCGCUGGUGCAUCUUCGUCGGCUGUUUCAUUGUCUGCGUCGGUACCGCCAUCCAGACCCCGGCGCAGACUCUCCCGUGGUUCAUCGGAGGACGCUUCAUCCUGGGCUUUGGCGCCUCCAUCGCUUCCGCUGCCGCUCCAGCCUACGCCGUCGAGCUGUCCCACCCCGCCUACCGUGGUCUCAUGAGCGGCAUGUACAACAACUUGUGGUGGCUCGGAAACAUCCUUGCUGGCUGGACUACCUACGGAACGAACCUGCACUUUGACAACUCGUGGGCAUGGAGGGUGCCCACCCUCGUCCAGUGCGGCAUGCCGGCCGUCGUCAUGCUCGUCGUCAUGUUCUUCCCCGAGUCGCCUCGCUGGCUCAUCGCCAAGGACCGCACCGAGGAGGCCCUGCAGACACUGGCCAAGUACCACGGUGACGGCGACGUCAACCACGCCCUCGUCCAGCUGCAGUACCACGAGAUCAUUGAGCAGCGCAACAUGUACCGCGACGAGAACCCCUGGUGGGACUUUAGGGAGCUCUUCAACACCCCCGGUGCCCGGUAUCGCACGUACAUGGUCAUCAUGAUGUCUUUCUUCGGCCAGUGGAGCGGCAACAACGUCGUCAGCUACUUCAUGCCCCAAAUGAUCGAGAACGCCGGCAUCACCAACACCAACACGCAACUACUCAUCAACGCCAUCAACCCCAUCUUCUCCAUGAUGGGCGCCAUUGCCGGUGCCGCCAUGCUCGACAAGCUUGGUCGCCGCCCCAUGAUGAUGUACUCCCUAGGCGCCUGCCUCUUCUUCUACAUCCUCCUGACCGCCUUCUCCGCCCACACCGCCGACGUCCAGGGUCUGUCCUACGGCGUCAUCGUCGCCAUCUACCUCUUUGGCAUCUUCUUCGCCUGGGGUUUCACCCCGCUGCAGACCCUUUACUCGGUCGAGUGUCUGGAGAACCGUACCCGCGCCAAGGGCUCCGGUGUCAACUUCCUCUUCCUCAACAUCGCCAUGGUCAUCAACACCUACGGCAUCAGCGAGGGCAUGGCCAAGAUUGGAUGGAAGCUUUACAUUGUCUACUGCGUGUGGAUUGCCAUCGAGAUUGUCGUCAUCUACUUCUUUGCCGUCGAGACGGCUGGCAAGACCCUGGAGGAGCUCUCCAGCAUCUUCAACGCCAAAAACCCCCGCAAGGAGAGCACCAGGAAGACCAAGAUUGAGGUGGACGAGGCUGGCAACGUGUUGAGCGUUGGGGGCCAGUAG